UGUAGUGGGGACGCAGGCCCCAGCGAUUCAAUACAAGUGCAGAGAUAAGCACUUGCUAAUAAUAAAUCCGUGUCUGAAUGUCAUUUUCAUGGAGUUCUACCUCUAACACGCAUGGAGUGCCAAGAGGAAAAGCCGAUCAUCUACACCAUGGAGAACAAGCCGAUUGUGACGUGCGCUGGGGACCAGGGCUUGUUCACUUCUCUGUAUACCUCAUUGGCACAGCAACUUCCCAGAGAGCCAAUGGAGUGGAGGAGGACAUAUGGUCGUGCCCCAAAAAUGAUUCACCUUGAGGCUAAUUUUGUGCAUUUUAAAGAGGAUCUUCUCCCCAAGGAUGGCAACAAGGCCCUCCUGACUUUUCCCUUCCUUCACAUCUAUUGGACUGACUGCUGUGACACAGAGACGUACAAGGGCUCCGUGAAAGAGGAUAUGCUGCGAUGGCAGAACAGUCUACGUGCUCACGGAUCCACCGACUGGGUAAUCAUUGUCGUGGAGUCCAACGACAACAAGAAAAAGAACAAGACCAACAUCUUGCCACGUUCGUCCAUCGUGGACAAGAUCCGCAGUGACUUCUGUAACAAGCAGAAUGACCGGUGUGUGGUGUUGUCAGACCCUCUGAAGGACUCGUCUCGAUCUCAGGAUUCGUGGAACUCAUUGCUGCUAAAGCUCCGAACGCUCCUUCUCAUGUCCUUUACCAAGAACUUGGGUCACUUUGAGGACGACAUGCGGACGCUGAGAGAGAAACGCACCCAGCCUGGCUGGAGCUUCAGCGAAUACUUCAUGGUCCAGGAGGAACUGGCCUUUGUUUUUGAAAUGCUGCAGCAGUUUGAAGAUGCCUUGGUCCAGUAUGAUGAACUUGAUGCUCUUUUUACCCAAUAUGUCCUUAAUUUUGGGGCAGGAGACACGGCAAACUGGCUCGGCUCUUUUUGCUCCCCGGUGAAAAACUGGAGUGGCUUGUUGCUCCGGCGACCGAUUGAUAUGGAGAAGAGGGACUCCAUCCAGCGUGGUGAAGCGAACCUGCUGGACUUGAGAAGCUACCUCUUCUCCCGUCAGUGCACUUUACUAAUCUUUCUCCAAAGGCCGUGGGAGGUAACGCAGCGUGCUCUGGAACUGCUGCACAACUGUGUCCAAGAGCUGCGCCUGCUUGAGGUGUCUGUCCUAGAGGGGGCGCUGGACUGCUGGGUUUUUCUCAGCUGCCUGGAAGUUCUCCACCGGAUUGAGGGUUGCUGUGAUGAAGCUCAGCUGGCUGCUAACUGCUCCCACACUGUAGGCUUGUGGGCCUACGCUACUGACAAGUUAAAGUCCCUAGGCGAGCUGUGCGGUCUGGUAUCGGAGAAAGGACCAACCUCAGAGGACUUGAACAGGACUGUGGAUCUGCUGGCGGGACUAGGGGACGAGAGGCCCGAGACUGUCAACAGCUUGCAGAGUCCAUACAAAAAACUCAAGGAGGCGCUGUCAUCCGUGGAAGCCUUUGAAAGACAGUAUCUUGAACUCUCACACGCUGCCAUGGAGAUGUACAGGGCCAUCGGUCGACUGAGAUCUGCCAGACUUGUCGGGAAAAGUUUGGCUGAGUUUUACAUGAGGAAGGGAGAUGCUGAGCGGGCAGAGACCUUAUUACAGGAAGCUCUCAAGUCAUAUGUAGCAGAGGGUUGGACUUUUCCAGUCACUCAUACUCGGAAACAGAUUGCAGAGUGUCAGAAGCGCCUAGGAAGAACUGCUGACUACCUGCAGACGUGCGCCCUGUUGGCCGGAGAUGCCAAUCUGACCACAGAUGAGAGGAAACAGUUCUGUCAAGAAAUACUGACGUUUGCCGGCAAGUCUGGGAAUGACAUUCAAAAGGUAACUCUAAGUAUGGGAGUCUUUGCCCAGCUCACGCGCCUCCAGUUCCACCCAGCCACCGCCUCCGUCCACUCUGGAGCUGCCCUCCAGGUGGAGCUGACUCUGCGGUGUUUGAUGCCAGUGACGAUGCACAUCCAGCAGCUGGUUGCCAGCGUCCACUUUGACCUGGAGCGAGGAGGGUCUGUAGGGAGGGCCAAGGGAGGACAGAAACAGACUCUUCCAGGGACAGUAGACUUUAACCCGUCUAACUCAUCGGCCGGUCCUCCCUCCUCAAAUGUGGGCCCUUUGUUAGAACUAGAUGAGAUCCAGGACAGGAGUCCCUCGGACAAUUCGCUCAACUCUACCGGCGUAGUGUGUAAGAACACACACUUGAUCAUUCGUCGUCAUGACAGCAACUCGCCGCCUGAGACCCCCAACUCGAUCAGCCCCCCGACUGUGGCCAUGAAGGAGGGAGCGCAGAUGCUAAAAGUGCAGGAUGUGACGUUAAAGCCAGGAGAUAACGCCGUCACAUAUACAGCACCAAGUGGGCAACCUGGUACCUACACGCUACGGCAGCUGUGCGCCACUGUGGGUCAGGUGCAGUUCGUGCUUCCUCAUAUCUACCCAUCGGUCCAGUAUGAAGUCUACUCUCAGGAGCCCCAGCUGACAGUGGAGCCUCUCUCAGAGCCGCUGCUGGCUGGUCUACCACAGAUGGUGAAGUUCACUCUUCUGACCGGUCACUACUCUGUGAAGAAAGGAGACGCCCUGCAGCUCAGCAACACUGAUACUAUGCCCAUCCUUCCAUCCACCAGCUGUACCGCACAGAUCAGCAACCCUGCUGCAGAGCUGGUGGGGGAAAGUGUCCUCUCCAUCCAAUCUUCUGAGAAGGUCACCAGUAUCAGCCUACCCGCCACGCCUCCCUAUCACACGCUUGUGUUCCACCUGGAGGUGCUGUGCAUCAUCCCAUCUGGACUGGACCGGCCCAGCAACGAGCGGCUGACCAACGGGGAGGUCCGCCACCGGCCGCGCCGCUACAGUCACCCUGACACGCCCAUGACGGCCAUCGACCAGCGGAUGUCCAUCGACUGCCCGUGGUCCAUCUACUCCACCCUGCUGGCGCUCACCUUCUACAUCCCCUUCAAGACUAAACACUCACUGCUUUCCGCUGGUAACAGAAAAUAUGUCCAGGUGUGUGUACAGAACGUGUCAGAGGUGGAUUUCUCACUCGCGGAGCUGAAGCUGUCAGAGAAGCAGCAGUCGGGUCUGGAGCUGCAGUCCCUAAACACCACUUCAAAACAGCUUCUAUGCAGCAAACACAGUCUCUUCUGCUUGUGGGAGGUGAGGUGGAAGGACGACCUGCCCUCGUGCCUGCAGUGCGUUUUCUCCGCCAACUUCUCGUCCCCCGACCAAGACGUCUCUGCCUUCAAGCCUUUCCUCUACCAGUUCCAACUGGAGAGAGUCAUUACUUUGUACAGCGUCCGAGCAGAGAUCAUGCCGCCGGCGGGAGAGCUGUACUGUCGCUCCGGCUCCCUCUGCGGGCUGGAGGUUUGUAUAACACGACUGACGGAGCCUGCCGAGGGGGAGUUGGUCGAGGACAGCAAGACAGACUCUGAUGGGCUGAAAACCACCAAGCUGAUGUAUGAAGUGGCGGACAGCAGCAGCAACUGGGCCGUGUGUGGGAAGAGCUCAGGGAUGGUGCUGAUGCCCAUGAAAGCCAACGCCACCCACAAAGUACAGAUCGAGGUGAUGCCUCUGUUCGCUGGACACCUUCCUUUCCCCAAAAUCAAAGUGCUCAAGUACCUGCCCCACACUGCAGCACCCCCCCAGCCUGAUCCAGACAGCUGCGUGGAGAACGACAGCCUGUCUCUGCUGGACAAGACGCUGGAUGACCAGGCGGACACGGCCAGCAUCCGCAGCCGCGGCAGCGUUCACUCGGUGGGCAGCGGCGAUCAGCAGCAGAAGGGCGUGGCCAUGCCUCGCCUGGAGCCCUUCAGCCUGGGGCAGGUGUUCAACCACAGUCACGCGCAGCAGGUCCUGGUGCUGCCCACCACCGACGACCACAUCAUGGAGGUCAACGCCACAUGACCCUGGUGGUCAGAUGGCCUCUUGUAGGACUGAAGCCCGGUUCUGGAAGGACCCUGCCAAGCUUUCCCUCCAGGGCCCAUCAGGUUCACGAGUCCAUGACAAAGACAGUCAGAACACUGAUGUGAUGUGGACUCUCCCUCCCCCCUCUAGAGCAUGAAACGUUCAUACGGACCAGACCCACGGAAGAGCCAACAACAUCUGCUGAUUAAUUUAAAAUCAUGUUUCUUUGCCAUACUGUGUACAUAGCUCAACGGAUUUAUAGAUGGAAAUAUAUGAAUAUAUCUAUGGAAGUGAAACCUGGCACUCUCCGACUCUCCCUGGAAGCACCAAAGCUCUAAGUGUGUGAAUGCAGCUUCUCGAGUGCCGUCACUGUGACUGUGUCCAUCUGUUCUCAUGGAAUCAUCGCUUUGACUUCUCUGUCUCGGUCAGGUUUCAGGAGCUUUUGGAAAAUAAAACUGAUCAAGUCUU